CUUCAAGUUCGAGAAUCGUGACAGGUCUCUUCGCAAAUAGCAAUGUUGCCUCGACGGUCUCGUCUAACUCUACCAACUAUAGCCAGAUGGGUGCGGUUUAAUGGCAGCAGCCACACAGCUGCGCCUACUCGACAGCCAGAACCAGAGGCUCCUGCACUAUUGACGGAAGAAGACUUUUCUUCCACAGUUGUUCACGGACGCAGUCUCUAUCCUCCGCUAUACCACCCCCGCAUUCAUUCAGUUCCAGUCGCCCAGCUGCAGUUCCGUGCAUAUCACCAUCAAUUUCUUGAACUGUACAUGCAUUUCGUGGGACAUGCAGCUGCAGCAUUAGGCAUCCCAAUUUCACGCCCGGUGUACUUGCCAACGCAACGCUCGCUGUGGACUGUACCUCGCGGUCCGUUCGUGCACAAGAAGAGUCAAGAGAACUUCGAGCGGAAGGUGCACAAACGUGCAAUUAAAGCAUGGGAUGCAGACCCCGAAGUCGUCGAUCGUUGGGUACGGUAUAUCACUCGACAUGCGAUGCCUGGAGUUGGGCUGAGAGUGACUCAGUGGAAGAGGGCACCUCCUAAUAUCGGACAACGGAUGGUGGACGCGGCCGUGGGGCAAACUAGACUGGGCUCCAGUGCCGACAACAUCAAGGUGUUGGCAAAGAAAAUCGUGGAGCAGGAACUGUGAUAUUCAUUUACGUUUUCUGACUUUUAUCUUUCUCGCGUUAUAACGAGGUCCGGAUCUUUCUGCUAGCGUCGCUGCUAUGUAGUCCUCUGAGGUUGCUAGUACUGUAGCUACCUGCGGGCGACGAUGUCACAGCCACCGGUGCAUGAGACACGACAAGAACAUGGCAUUAAUAUUCACUAGCACUGCGUAAACAAAACAAUAGUCAGGCCGGAAUAGUGGUACUCAAAACAACUUUUGAAAUUGUUGAAAAAUCGCUUAAAUGUGGGUUAAACAUUUUGAACCCCGGGCUAACUUACUAACUUAGAGCUCUAUGCUUGAUGGCAAUUGGAACGCGGUGAGAUUUCGAGGCAACGGAAGCGUUUGUGAUUAUGGGAAGGAUGGUUAACUACGACACGGGGGUCAAGUAUACACAGGACUGAUGUGGUGGUGAGAAAAGGUUUUGGG